AUGUCGGCUUAUUCAGAUAACAUGGAACAGGCGAUCUCGCAUAUUAAGCAACAAACCAUUUUGAUGCAGAGGAGUUUGACACAAAAGAAACUUAUGGAUGCGUUGAAACAUUGCAGUGAUAUGUUGAAAGAACUACGAAACCCAGACCUUUCUCCGAAAUUAUACUAUGAACUCUAUAUCAUCAUUUUCGACUCGUUAAGCAUUUUAUCCCAGUACUUGGUCGAAAACCAUCCAACGAGACACCAUCUUGCAGAUUUAUACGAGUUAGUUCAAUAUACCGGUAACAUUUUACCAAGGUUGUAUUUGAUGCUCACCGUUGGGGUAUCUUUCAUGCAGACCAAGGAUUGUCCCGCUGAAGAAGUGUUGAAAGAUAUGAUCGAAAUGUGCAGAGGUGUGCAACAUCCAAUUCGAGGACUUUUCCUAAGAUACUACUUAUCUCAAAGGACAAAGCAAUCUCUCACUUCAGAUAUUUCGUUGGAUAAAAAAUUCGAUAUCCAAUUCAUUAUCACCAACUUUAUAGAAAUGAACAAGUUGUGGGUCCGUUUGCAACAUCAAGGUCCUCUAAGGGAACGUGACUUAAGAACAAAGGAGAGGAAAGAGCUACAGAUUUUAAUUGGGUCUAAUCUUGUAAGGCUGUCGCAGAUUCUAGAUGACUCAUUCGCAUUGUACAGAGAUGAAGUGUUACCUCAGAUCUUGGAACAGGUGAUCCAAUGCAGAGACGUAGUAUCUCAAACGUACUUGUUGGAUGUAAUUUGCCAAGUUUUCCCAGAUGAAUUCCAUUUAGGGACCCUCAGUCAGCUUUUGGAUACCACGCUGAAAUUAAACCCCGAUGUGGUUAUUAACAAAGUCGUUCUUUCAUUAAUUGCCAGAUUGAACGGAUUUUGGGACAGGCAAGAUGAUCCAAACGCUAUUAUUCAAAACUUGAACCAUUUGAAAUUGGAUUCAAAUACUGAUGAAGAAGAACAUUCAGCCGACGAUGGAGAGAGUACUGCUGAGAAACUCGAUUCAGAACCAGUAUCUAGAAAUAAGUUCGAUCUAUUCUUUGUUUUUUGGAAGUAUCUCACUAAGAUAACCGAGGAAAGGCCAGAUUUACCUCUUCAUGAGAUUAUUCCAUUGGUUCAUAGUAUUAUGCUUUUAUCCUUAAAAUGGUAUCCAUCGAACUUGUCGAACGUUGAUAUUCUUUACAAAUUUUGCUGGGAAAAAUAUCAGGACUUCGGCAAAGAUAUCCCUGAAGAAUGUGAGCAAAGCUUCAAAGAGUUGUUCAUUUAUCCCUUGAGUACUGAUAAUUUUUAUGAAAUAAUAACCACCUGUGAUUCAUUCCAAAAAUUGUUGUCAGUACAAAGUAUAACUUUGCAGAAGAGCAUAAUCAAUUCCAUAUUAGAUAAAAUGGUAGAAACCAAUACCAAAAUUACAGACAAGCAACAUUUGGAUAAACUCGGUGCUAUAUGCGAACCAAUAAUCUCUGUACCAAACAAUAAACCAAAGACAUCAAUACUGACUGUUAGUGAUGAUUUGGAUAGCGAAUUGACUUUCUUUAAUCCUGAACAAGAGAAGUUAGCCAAGCUUGUACACUUAAUUUAUCACAAGAAUGUUGACAUCAAUACUGAAUUGCUUCUUAUUUGCAAAAAAUGGUACUACAACGGGGGUAAACAACUUCGAUUCACUUAUCCAGCUUUAAUCACUGCCUUUUGGAAAUUGAUAAGGAAGUUGCAUUUCAAGUCUUUAAAGAGGCCUGAACGUAAGGAGGAUUACAACGCAAAAAUUAAGCAACUUUUCAAAUACGUUUCCCGUUGCAACACAGACCUUUUCAACGUGUGCGGUCUAUCCAUCUCGGAUCUAAUAUUCAAGUUGAACUUACAAACUGCAGCAAUCGCAGACCAGUUGACACUAAGCGAAAUCUCGUAUGAUUUCUUUAGCCAAGCUUUCACCAUCUUUGAAGAAUCACUAAGUGAUUCCAAAGUUCAAUUCCAAGCACUCGUGAAUAUGGCUCAGGUAUUACAAAAGACCAGAUCAUUAUACAACGAUGAAGGUUACUAUGAUACUUUGAUAACAAGGUGUACGUUACAUGGUUCGAAGCUCUUGAAAAAAACAGAUCAAUGCCGUGCGGUUUACCUCUGCUCACAUUUAUGGUGGGCAACUGAACUCACUCUGAUCGGUGAAGAAGAAGGUGUUACCAAAAACUUCUUCCGUGAAGGUAAACGUGUUCUCGAAUGUUUGCAACGCUCUUUACGUGUUGCGGACUCCAUAAUGGACAACGUUCAAAGCUGUCAACUUAUGGUGGAGAUCUUAGGUAGCUGUUGUUACUAUUUCAUACACGGAGACGAAUCGGAGACACAUGUCGGUGUUAAAUACAUAGCAGGUUUGGUAGAACUCAUACAAGCGAAUUUGAAAGGAUUGCAACUAGAGGAAUCCGGAGAAGUACAGGAUUUUACUGCCCCAUCACAAACUAUUGUCAUUGGAUGUGACGGCUCGUACAUCUGCAAGACCUUAUCCUCCUCCACAUGCAUGGUUUCUAGUAAGAUUCCUAAUGUCAGAAUACCGGACUUGAUAGCGGUUCCCGUCUCUUACUUCGAAAGAACCUUAGAAUACAUCGAAAACCAAAAGCAAGUUGACUAUAGAUUCAAUGCAAUUACCACCUGA